GGAGAAGCAUUGGAGUGGAGGAGAUUGAAAAGCGAAGAAAGAGGGGGAAGCAUUGUUAUAUGGACGGUGGAAGCACACUUGUGGAUGACGUUCGUCAAUUCUUCCAUCGUUUCACUUCUCCAUCUCCUGAUAUUAACUCUCACCACCACACCAUUGAUCCUGAUCACAACCACCACGACGAAGACGACAACAAUGAUCAUAAAAACAACAAAUUCUACCCAUGCAAUUCCAUUGCCAACGUUAACAACGGUGAUAACAAUCUCGUCCAUGUAAACCAAUCAACAAGACUUUGAAAUCUCUUUCUUGAAAGUUCUCACAGUCCCUACUCGCUCACACCUCAAAACGCCUCCUUCAAUGGAUCGUAACAAAAAGGGUGCACCGGAGGAUAAGUUUUUUACCGAGUACGGAGAGGCAAGCCGAUAUGAGAUCCAAGAAGUUGUUGGAAAAGGAAGUUAUGGUAUUGUGGGUGCUGCCAUUGACACUCAUACUGGGGAAAAAGUUGCAAUCAAGAAAAUUAAUGAUGUUUUUGAGCAUGUAUCGGAUGCCACACGAAUCCUAAGAGAAAUAAAGCUACUUCGGUUGCUUCGACAUCCUGAUAUAGUAGAAAUUAGGCAUAUAAUGCUUCCUCCUUCUCGGAGAGAGUUCAAGGAUGUAUAUGUUGUAUUUGAGUUGAUGGAGUCUGACCUUCAUCAAGUCAUUAAAGCAAAUGAUGACCUUUCGCCUGAACACUACCAGUUUUUCUUGUACCAACUUCUUCGGGGUCUAAAAUACAUACAUUCAGCUAAUGUCUUUCAUCGCGACUUAAAGCCGAAAAAUAUUCUUGCUAAUGCUGAUUGUAAACUUAAGAUAUGCGAUUUUGGGCUUGCUCGAGUAUCAUUCAAUGAAGCCCCGUCAGCUAUUUUCUGGACUGACUACGUUGCAACUCGAUGGUAUCGUGCACCUGAACUAUGCGGUUCUUUCUUCUCAAAAUAUACCCCCGCUAUUGAUAUUUGGAGCAUUGGAUGCAUAUUUGCAGAAAUGCUCACUGGGAGGCCAUUGUUUCCUGGGAAAAAUGUGGUGCAUCAAUUAAAAUGUUAUUUGUCCUUUUUUCUUGACAUUCUUACUAAAUAAUUUUUAAACUUGAUUUCACAGAUUCGAAAUGAGAAGGCUAGAAGGUAUCUUAGUAGCAUGCGGAAAAAACAACCAGUUCCCUUCACCAAAAAAUUUCCAAAUGCAGAUGUGCUGGCUCUUCGUUUGCUGGAACGGCUACUUGCAUUUGAUCCUAAAGAUCGUCCAACAGCUGAAGAGGCAUUAGCUGAUCCUUACUUCAAUGGUUUGGCAAGUGUAGAUCGUGAACCAUCCACUCAGCCCAUUUCAAAGCUUGAGUUUGAGUUUGAGAGAAGGAAAUUGACCAAAGAUGAUGUCAGAGAGUUGAUUUAUCGAGAGAUUCUAGAGUAUCAUCCACAGAUGCUCCAAGAAUAUCUUCGUGGUGGAGAGCAAACAAGUGGUUUCAUGUAUCCAAGCGGAGUUGAUCGGUUUAAGCGACAAUUUGCACAUCUUGAGGAACUUCAAGGCAAAGGUGAACGAAGCACCCCGUUGCAGAGACAGAAUGUCUCCUUACCUAGGUAA